AUGCCUCUCGACACUUCUACGACGUAUCCCCUCACCAAGCUGCGCCUGGACGGCCGUCGCUGGAAUGAACUUCGCCUCCUCCAAGCACAGAUUUCCACGAACCCUGCCAGCUCUGGCUCGUCAUACCUAUCAAUGGGAAACACGUCGAUUAUGUGCUCUGUCCAUGGACCGGCCGAGGGACGCCGAGGAGAUGCUACCGGAGGUGCAGCUGGUUCCGCGGGGGCUGUCGUAGAGGUGGAUGUCAACGUCGCAGGAUUUGCGGGAGUUGAUCGAAAGAGGAGGGCUGGAGGAAGUGACAAGCAAUCAUCGCGCAUUGCAACAACUCUACGAUCUGCCUUCCAGUCACACCUUCACACAUAUUUGUACCCACACAGCACGAUAAGCAUACAUGUGUCGGUGUUGUCAGCUGAUGGAUCUCUCCUUGCUGCUGCUGUCAACGCCUGUACCCUUGCGCUGGUGGAUGCUGGUGUCCCCAUGCCCGGACUGCUCUGUGGCUGCACAGCAGGUAUGAGUGGCAGCGCUUCGACGCCUCGUGAUCCCAACAACGACGAACUUGACCCGCUGCUAGACAUGUCGCUACCCGAGGAGCAGGAGCUCCCUUCGCUUACUGUGGGGACGACAUCGUCGGUGCCGGUGGGGGAGCUUGCGAUGGACGAUGAUGGGGAUGAAAUGAAGGUGUCGAUGCUAAUUAUGGACGCCAAGGUGCACUGCACUUAUAUUGAAACCAUGUUGGCAGUUGGGAUUGACGGAUGUGAGCAAAUCCGCGAGAUACUGGAGGGGAUCAUCAAAGGGUCGAAUCGGGUAGUCAUUUCUGGCGCAGACAAAGCAUGA